CUGUUCGUUGACGAGACCCUAUCUUAUAUGACUGCUUACUGCCGUUAACUUCUCCACCUUCUUCUGCGUCUUCUUCUUCCAAUAUCUAUGUCUCAGUCACAGUGUCCACCGCUGGGAUUCUCAAGCAAGUAUUACCAUGUCUCUGAAAGUGGCAGUUGUGUCAGACAGAGCAGUUUCUUUGAAGGGAAACCAGUGCUUGGUCAAGGAGUGGGAUACUCUGUUAUUCUUGGUUUUGGUGCCUUCUUCGCUUUUUUCACAUCUUUCCUGGUAUGGCUGGAGAAGCGUUAUGUUGGGUCCCGCCAUACAUCUGAAUGGUUCAACACUGCAGGGCGAAACACUAAGACAGGACUUAUUGCUAGUGUGAUUGUAUCUCAGUGGACAUGGGCUGCUACGAUCUUGCAAAGUUCUAAUGUAGCUUGGGAGUAUGGUGUUAGUGGGCCUUUCUGGUAUGCUAGUGGGGCUACCAUUCAGGUGCUCUUGUUUGGUGUAAUGGCUAUAGAGAUCAAAAGAAAGGCUCCUCAUGCUCACACUGUUUGUGAAAUUGUAAAAGCUCGUUGGGGGACAGCUGCGCACAUUGUCUUCCUUGCCUUCUGCUUUUUGACAAAUAUUAUUGUAACCGCCAUGUUACUCCUUGGUGGAUCAGCUGUUGUAAAUGCACUUACUGGAGUGAACAUUUAUGCUGCUAGUUUUCUGAUUCCACUUGGAGUAAUUGUCUACACACUAGCUGGAGGGCUAAAAGCAACUUUUUUGGCUAGCUAUAUACAUUCUGUUAUAGUACACGUUGUUUUAGUUGUCUUUGUUUACCUGGUUUACACGGGGAGUGGUGAGCUUGGUAGUCCCAGUGAAAUAUAUAACCGUCUGGUUGAGGUAGCAAGCAAAUCAAGAAUAUGUGAGCAGCCAGUUUCCCAUUAUGGGCAAUCUUGUGGUCCUGUUAGUGGGAAUUACAAAGGAUCUUACGUGACAAUGUUGAGCUCAGGCGGGCUAGUUUUUGGGAUUAUUAACAUUAUUGGCAACUUUGGCACUGUGUUUGUUGACAAUGGAUAUUGGGUGAGUGCUAUUGCUGCAAGACCUUCAUCAACUCAUAAGGGCUAUUUGUUGGGUGGCCUGGUCUGGUUUGCAGUGCCAUUCUCACUGGCAACAUCACUGGGUUUGGGAGCACUGGCCCUUGAUCUACCAAUCACAGAAAGUGAGGCAAGCCAUGGACUUGUUCCUCCAGCUACUGCUAUAGCUUUGAUGGGGAAAGGAGGAUCUGUUCUUCUUCUUACUAUGCUUUUCAUGGCAGUGACAUCUGCUGGUUCUUCCGAGCUAAUAGCUGUAUCUUCUUUAUGCACAUAUGAUAUUUAUCGCACUUACAUAAAUCCAGAAGCAGAUGGGAAGAAAAUACUCAAAGUGUCGAGGGCUGUUGUCCUCACCUUUGGCUGUUUUAUGGGAUUGCUGGCAGUAAUACUGAACAAGGCUGGAGUUUCUUUGGGUUGGAUGUAUCUUGCCAUGGGAGUGCUGAUUGGUUCAGCAGUUCUUCCAAUUGCUUUUAUGCUUCUGUGGAGAAGAGCAAAUGCCAUUGGUGCCAUCCUUGGUGCAGUGAGUGGUUGUGUUCUUGGAAUAAUCACUUGGUUGUCAGUUACAAGCAUUGAGUAUGGCCGGGUAAAUCUUGACACAACUGGUCGAAAUGCACCAAUGCUUGCUGGAAACAUUGUCUCUAUAUUAACUGGAGGAGCUGUUCACGUUGUUUGUAGCAUUUUGUGGCCUCAAAACUAUGACUGGGAUACUACUAAGCAGAUCACAGUGGUUGAAAAGGAAAUGAGUGAGCUGCCAGCAGAAGAGUUCAAUGAGGAAAAACUGAAGAGAGCUAAAGCAUGGGUAGUGAAAUGGGGUAUUGGUUUUACUAUCGUGAUUGUUGUAUUGUGGCCCCUUCUGUCUCUUCCAAUAGGAGUAUUUAGUAAGGGUUACUUCACAUUCUGGGCAGUGAUUGCUAUAGCAUGGGGCACCAUUGGUUCGGUGGUAAUUAUUGGUUUACCACUAAUAGAAAGCAGGAAAACAAUCCAGAGAGUCUUUAUGGGCAUGUUUACAAAUGACAGGCUCAUGGAAAAGGUUGAGGAGAUGAAUAUCAAGUUGCAAACAAUCAUCUUGGCUAUACCUGAUGCAGAGAACAUUUACUUGCUUGAGAAAGAGAAGGCUAAGAAAAAAGUAGCAACAGAGUGACUCACUCUCUCCAUCUACAUACCUGCCUAAGCAACUUCUUUUAGUUCAACAUGAAUCUUUGAGACUGCAAUUUAUACAUGACACUUGAUCAGGUUUUCAUAAUGACCAAGGUGAUGUGGUUAAAGUUAGGAACUUUAAUCAUGAGGAAUGGGGUUGAGUUGCUUAGAGAAUGUUAUAGGAAAACAAUUCUUCAAGAAAACACUCUUGGAAAAAGUCUUUGCUCUAGGCUGUUCUUAGAAUUCAAAUCAAAACUGAUUAUAAAUGCAAUGGCCUUGCCUACUACA